AGUGAAACCUAAUCGCCUUUUUCCCCCCUCGAUAUACCCCCCAAUGGCUAUAUGGAAUCAUCAGUGUCCUUCGUGUCUCACCUUUCUCAUAAUUUCCCUCAUUUGAUUAUCCAUCGCUCCAAUCUCUUUAUCCGAGAACGCUCUCAGUUUUUCUGCCACCGUUACAUUUGUAAAGCCACCGCGAAGUCGAUUUCGCCGGAGACUAUGUCGAUCGUAGCUGAGUACGCCAAGUCGAACCGAUCUUCGUGCAAGUCAUGCUCGAAGGCGAUUGCGUCCAAAACCCUGAGGGUUGGGCUGAUGAGCAAGGGACCUGGCGGGGUCGACAUGCCCAGAUGGCACCAUUUUGAUUGUUUUCCUACUGAUUCUGAGUCGAUUGCUUCCGUCGAUGACAUCAAAGGAUUAUCAGACCUAGAGAAAGAUGAUCAGGAUGCUUUGGCGAGAUUGGUGGAACAGUGUGUCGAGCCUGCUAAAAAGGUCGCUGAGAAGAAAGAUGAGAUUAAACAUCCCGCAUCAGAUGAAAUAAGCGGGCAGAUGACUAAGGAGACGAAAGGUUCUUCUACUUCUUCCAAAGUUAUUGCUGAGUAUGCGAAGUCCAGCAGAUCAUCAUGCAAGAAGUGCUCUCAGACGAUUGCUGCAAAGGAACUGAGGUUGGGGCUGGUGACCAGAGACAGGGGAUAUGAUAUGACAAAAUGGCAUCACUUGGGUUGUUUUCCCGUUGAAUCAGAUCCAAUUGACUCUGUAGAUGACAUUGGUGGCUUUUCAUCACUGCGGAAUGGUGAGCAGGAUGCAUUAAAGGAAUUUGUCCAACAGUGCGAGAAGAAGACUUUGAAGAUGGAUGAAUCUGGAACUGAUAACCGUCUAACGGGGGAGACAAAUAAAAGAAAACAUGCUCAGGUUGGGGAGAUGGUGGAAGAAGAUGAAGUGCGAACCAACGCAGACCAACAGACUACUAGAAAAUCUAAGAUGAACAUCAGUGAGUCAACUUCUCAGGUCGUAGCUGAAGCAGAAAUCUCUCUUUCAGCUUGUGAUGUGAAGGAAAAGUACAGGGAUGCCAGUCUAUUGCCAAAAUGGAAAGCGUUCGAGACAGUAAUAUUCCUUGAGCGGGAUGACGGUCUUAAUGAUUCAGAGAAGAUAGCUGCAUUUGACUUUGAUGGAUGCCUUGCAAAAACAUCUGUGAAAGUAGUGGGUGCAGAUGCAUGGUCCCUUAUGUAUCCUUCUAUUCCUGAGAAACUGAAAAGUCUGCAUAAUCAAGGCUAUAAGCUGGCCAUUUUCACAAAUGAGUCCAACAUUGAUCGGUGGAAAAACAAAAGACAAGCUGCGGUGGACUCAAAAAUUGGACGCCUCAACAGUUUUAUCAAGCGCGUGGAGGUCCCUAUUCAGGUGUUUAUAGCCUGUGGAGUCGCAAAUUCUGGUGGUAAUGAUGACCUUUACCGCAAACCCAGGGCUGGGAUGUGGCAACUCAUGAAGAAGCAUUUCAACUCUGGAAUUGCAAUUGAUAUGGAUAAAUCCUUCUACGUUGGGGAUGCAGCUGGAAGAAAAGGCGAUCACAGCGACGCAGACUUGAAAUUUGCGCAGGCAAGUGGAUUGAAGUUUUAUACUCCAGAGGAGUACUUUCUCUCUUGAAGUACAUCAGUAGAGGACUUAUCUGUAUCAGGCUUGUGCAUUAUGUUUGCAACUUUGUUUUGUUGACAGUCAACACGAAUGCUUUUUGUGAUCAAACUAUCAGUAUGUAUUCAGUUCAACACUCUUUUGUUUAUGAGUUUGCCAUUAU